AAAGAACAAAAUGCACGAAAACGAAAUACUUACACUUAUUUCUCCAAAAAUAAGCCAUCAAAUAUUACAGUUACUUCAAGAUGGAUACUUUGGGAUAUGCGGUGGCAAGACCAAAAUUACAGAUUUAAAUACAAGCUGCACAACAUUGACAGCUCAGAAUCCAGGAAACUGUGACAGAUUCAAAGUAGUGAUUCCAUUUGCAGGACAGACAAUUACAUGGGAGGUGCUAUUUGACUGUAACUAUCCGGAAAGUCCACCAGAUUUUAUAUUUGGAUCAGAAGAUCUUGACUUUUUCCCUGAUAUAUACAGUUUAAAGAGUUUAGUGGAAUGGGAUUACAAAGACCCAAGUUGUUUGGGAAGAGUUAUAGAAGAACUACUUUAUCAAUACAGGAAAUAUCAGGAAAAUAUCAUAAAUGGGACACAUCGUCUAAAGUUUGAGUACAGUUCAUUGGUUGAGGAUACAGAUAUAAAGUCAGAAGAUGUGGAAAUACAUGUUUCAAGGACAGAGAACAGAAUGGGGCCCAUCAAUUUUCUGAUGAAACUCCAUGUAGACUUUGGAAGAAUACCAGCCUAUAUUGUGAAGCUGGACCCAGGAGAAGAUGCUGCUCUGUUACUUGUAUCAUUUAACAGUCCUGAGGGUACAAGAAUUACACCGCAGUUGUAUUUGUCACCAAGAGUAGAGAGAGCACUUGGUGGAUCAGCUAAUCUGAGGAUCCCAGGAUUUCCUGUAGGCUCAUGUCUCUCAGAAUAUGUUCCAGAUGUUACACUUCUUCUUAAAAAUAAGGUUGACCAGGUUGUUAAAAACUAUGAAAAGAGAAAAGAGUACAUAGCUGCAUUUUUAAGUAUGUUUGGAAGAUCUGUACUGGAAUAUGAUGCUGAAGGCUUCACUAAAAUUUCAUUUCUUUUUGAAUGGCACGACUUCUUUUUUAUUAUCAGCAUUGAAUUACCAGCGUAUUUUCCCAAGGAUCAGCCAUAUUUAACAUUCCAGUCAGUUUAUCAUGAAAAUAAAGGGAAACCAUACUUUGAGACCCAUCAGGACGAUUAUCCCUACAGUCCCAGGUGGAGCGGACUUGAAAUGGCAGACAGGACAAGGACAUUUAUAUUAGACAACAUUGGUGCCUUCCAGAGACAGUCAGUGAAUGUUUGUGUAACUUGAAUGGAAAUUAAUGUGGACAAUAUAGCAGCUGUAUGACAGUAGACAAGUGCAAUACGAGUUCUGAAUAUUUUAAUCUGACAUUAUAAAGUCAACAGUUUUAUUGAUAUAACAUUUUGUUUGUUAUAGACUUUGGUGUAUAUAAAAUCAAAUGUUAAUUGUA